UAACUCUUUUCCCGCUUCGUUCGACUAGCGGAACAUACAGCGGGCUGCCAACUUCGACUCAAGUCACAUUUCAUUUACAAUACACACGGAACGCAUUUAAUUCUAUUGUACGCACACACACACAAUAGUAACGCGUGCUUCGCAUUGUAUACACAUCACACUUCAUUGCACCGCUUUCGCAGACAUUGUUUACAUUGACAUUUUCCGAGAAAAAUUGAGUUUUUGAAACUGCUUUUGCAAAUAUUCUGAUGAGCUAGGAUGGCCCCUAUUAGGAGGAGACGGGACUUCUUCACUGCUGAUCAGGUACGAGAACUUGUGAUGGACCCUGUUCCAACAGCCGACUCUGAUUCAGAGGAGAGCGAGACUGACUCUGACGAGGAAGAUGAGCCUGGUCCCACACGUACACUUUUGCGUAAUCCCACAGAACAUGAUAAUGGCGUGGACAUCAAUCACGAUUCAGACAGCGAGUUUGAAGAGGAAAUUAGGGAUGAUGUGUCGAUGGUUUCAGCAGAGGAUGAGCCUGAGGAGUGGAUAAGACUGGAAGAUGGAGAUGAAUGGCAAGCUGACUGGCUAGAUGACUUCAGUGAAAAUGGUGGACGACCAAAGCUUCUGUUUGAUGUAAACCAGAACACAAAACCACUGGACUAUUUCUAUCAGUUUUUUCCUGAAGAGCUGUUUGUUCUAAUGGCGAGAGAAACUAACCGGUAUGCAAAACAAACUCUUCAGAGACUCGGAGUACUUCAGGAGCACUCACGCCUCAACAAAUGGACCGAUACAACUGCCGAAGAAAUGAAGGCGUUCACUGGACUACAGAUGGCGAUGGGAUUAGUUACCAAGCCAGCGCUGUCGAUGUACUGGGAAGAGACCUGGAUCUUCGCCACUCCUGGUUUUGGAACAGUGAUGAGUCGCAACAGGUUUGAGUUGCUGAACUCGAUGCUACAUUUUGCAAACAACGAUGAACGCAUCCCAAGGGGGCAGGAAGGUCAUCACAUCCUCUACAAGAUCAAGCCUGUCAUGGAUAUAGUUCAGCCUACUUACCAAGCUUCAGUUCAGCCAGGACUCUCCCUGUCCAUCGAUGAGAGCCUCGCUCCCUUCAAGGGCAGACUUCAAUUCAAGCAGUACAUGCCACUCAAGCCAACAAAGUGGGGUGUGAAGUUUUGGGUGCUAGCGGACGCCAAAUCUGGAUUGUGCCUUGACUGUAAUGUGUACACUGGACGAGACGCAGACAGGGCAGCAGCUCCAGGGGGCGUUACAUCAGCCAUCGUAAAAGGCCUCACUCGUCCAUACUACGGUAGUGGCCGUCAUGUGUAUAUGGACAAUUUCUAUUCCUCUCCUGAGCUUUAUGACUUCUUAGCUGACAACAAGCUUGGUGCAUGCGGAACUGUUCGAUUGAGCCGCAGAGGUAUCCCAGAUGAAAUGAAGGCAGCUUCAGUUCAGUCGAGAAAGGGAGAUCGGCCAGCUUUCUUCAGGAAAGGACGUUUGCUGGGGGUAUCAUGGCAUGAUACGAAGCGUGUUAGUGUACUUUCAACUAUACACAACAACUCAACAGUGCAGAAGGAAAUCAGACACAGAGGAUCUGAGAAUGGUCGCCGACCAAUAAUCAAGCCGAAGGUGGUGGAGCAGUACAAUCAACACAUGGGCGGCGUUGACCUGUUGGAUCAGAGGAUGUCCUAUUAUCGGUACCCUCAUCGCCACAUGAAGUGGUAUCGAGUAAUAUACCACUUUCUGAUGGAAGUGGCAUUGGUAAACGGACAUAUAGCAUCAAGGAUCGCUCCAGAAAAUCAGUCCAAGGAAUGUGUUCGGAGGUUCAGGCAGCAAGUAAUCUGCGGACUUGUUGAUGGCUACCAGAAGGUGAAAGCUGGGAGACCCAGAGUAUUGCGCGAGGUGAAUAGGAAUGAAAGAACAGCUGUGAGACUGGAAGGUAAACACUUCAUUGCCCUGAACCCCUCUCCAAAGUACAAGCCAGACUGCAUUGUUUGUGCUAAGAAGUUAGAAGGAAACAAGAGGAAGAGGUCACAGACCCGAUACUUCUGUAAGACUUGCCAGCUACCGAUGUGCCUCAUGAUUUGUUUUGAGGACUACCACACCAAAGUGAAGUAUUGGUAGGAUUGAACAAUGGUCAGAGACAUGUAUUUCAGAUAUGGUCAACGAGUACUUCAGUCGACAGCCUUGCCAGUAUUUUUUCUCAAUUAUUUUUAAUAUUUUGUUCCAGAUGUUCCGAUGAAUAAUAUUUUUUUGUAUUGAUGUAUGAUCGAUAUGUGUUCAAUGGCCCAUUUCAUUAUCAAAUUGAUUAUUCAUCUGAUACAAAACAUUGCUAUUCAUGUACCUGUAGGUAGAACCAUUUAGUAUUUCUUAUUGGCGUAAAUAUUCAUAUUUUGAAUGAUAGCACCAUAAAAACUAACAACAACAUGACAGGUUGUCACAACUACAAUUCAUGCAAAAUGUAGUAUGUUUCUACUCUUUGUUCACCUGCCAUUAUUUUGAUUGCAAAUUAUAUAUAUUUAUUUAUGCAGUAAUACUUUCAUAUUCUGAUCUCAUUUUGACAAGCAAUGCAUACAGUGAAAAUGUUAAGUUUUUGUUAUUCUUUGACAUUUAUAUGCAAUGUUGCCUUUGAAACUAAAUAGUUACUGACUCUAAUUCCGAUUCCUACACAAUGUAGUAUGUUUCUACAGUUAUGUAAAUAAUAUGAUACUUGCCCGUCUACUGCCCGUAAGUUGCCUAGUGCAAAAUAUUAUUGUUCACUUGCCAUUUUUUAAAUAUGAGACGUACAUUUGUAUAUAAUUUAUAUAUGCAACGUUGCCUUUGAAACUUUAAAUCCUGCAAACUGUAGUAUGUUUCUAUUGAAAUAAUAUGAUACUUGCCUGCCUAGUGCGAAAUAUUCACUUGCCAUUAUUUGAAUAUGGCAUGCUGUCAUAGUAACCGUUUGAAACAAUAUGUUUACAUCAUAUGCAAAUUUGCUUUUGAAACUGCAAUACUUAUAAUGAGUCUGAGUCAUGCAAAAUGUAGUAUGUUUCUAAUCUGUAUUCACUUUUUUUUUUUUUUUUUUUACGUGUGCAGUAAUACUUUCAUACUGCGAUAACAUUUUGACAAGCAAUGCAUACAGCUGAACAAAAUGUUGGGGUUGUGUGGAAUAACAAUGUACAAUUUGAUCUGCAAUAGAUGAAUGCCUUAUUUUCGGGUUGUGUGGAAUAACAAUAUAGUUACAAUUUGAUAUGCAAUAUAUGAAUGCCUUAUUUUCGGGUUGUGUGGAAUAACAAUAUAGUUACAAUUUGAUUUGCAAA